CUUGUCAUUCUCCUCCCUGUUUUUACAUCUUAGCCGCGGGGCACACAGAGAGCGCAGUAACUAUGGCUGUUGCUCCUCUUUCUUUCUAAACUCCAACCAUCUCUCUCUCUCUCUCUCUCUCUCUCUCUCUCUAAAUCUUAAACCCUAGAAAAGCCUCUCUCUCUCAAUCUCUCUAUUUCUGUGCAGAGUUGCCAACACUAGAGAGAGAGAAAGGGCUUUUGGUUUCAGAUCGCGUUGAUAUCUCAGCUCAGCUCGCUCGCCGAUCUACGCCGUCUCGCCCGAGUUCGCUCAAUGGGCGGCUCGGACUAUUGAAAUGCUGGCUGCUGCUCUCCGCGAUUUCGAUGUUAAUCGCCCAAAAUGUCCGCUUCUUUAGCUGCUUUUGAGCGCCCCCUUCGACCUGCUGCUUCUAACACGAUUUUGGUUUUCGUUAAAUCACGGGUGGUGGAAUGUUCGUCGCAAGUGUUGUGAAAUUCGAUUGCAUUAGAUUGAUUUUGUUUCCAUGUUCUGUUCUGAUUGCUGGAGCAAAGUGUACAAGAAAGGAAAUUAAAAGGUGUUCAAGAGUGGCCCACUUUUCAUAUCUUCUAAAGAAAUGUUGUUUCUUAAAUGCUUUCUUCUGGCGGGAAAUUCUGAUGCCAUCUCCAGAGUCUUCAGAAUGUAAUGCACUCUAUCGACCGUGCAACCUGAAUGUAAUGUUACGCCUGGUUCAAAAUCUUGUUCGAAGAAGCUCACCUACAACCCCUGCACUCUCACCCUCACCCCCCUAUCUCGAUUUUUCAGUGCAUUUGUUGCUCCAGAACACUUGCUUGCAACGUUAUUUCUCUGGGGGGUCAAAGGCGUCGGCGUCACGCCCUAGUCUCUCCAUAUGGAGGCGCAAGAAAGAGAUGGGGAAGGAAGGUCUCAUGGUGGCUAAGGAGCUCAAGAGGCUCCGCUCUCAGCCUCUCCGCCUUGACCACUUCAUUCGCUCCCAUGUCUCCCGCUUGCUCAAGUCCGAUCUCCUCGCUGUUCUCGCCGAGUUCCAGAGACAAGACCAGGUCUUUCUCUCUAUCAAGAUAUAUGAUGUGGUUCGUAAAGAGAUUUGGUAUAGACCGGACAUGUUCUUUUAUAGGGACAUGCUUAUGAUGCUUGCAAGAAACAAAAAGGUGGAUGAAGCAAAGAAGGUUUGGGGAGAUCUGAAGAGAGAGGAAGUUUUAUUUGAUCAGCAUACUUUCGGGGACAUCAUGAGGGCUUUCCUAGAUAGUGGUUUGCCCUUGGAGGCAAUGGAGAUAUAUGGUGAAAUGAGACAAUCACCUGAUCCUCCAAUCUCAUUGCCGUUUAGGGUAAUAUUGAAGGGCCUCCUCCCGUACCCAGAACUGAGGGAGAAGGUGAAAGAUGACUUCUUGGAGCUAUUUCCUGAUAUGAUCGUCUAUGACCCACCUGAAGACUUAUUUGAAGACAAAGAAUGGAAAAGAGAGAGUGAAGAUGAUGACUAAUAGUGCUGCAAGGCAUGAUGCAAUCCGUUGUGUGUGGUGUUUAAGUAGGUCUUUUACUAGUAGAUGGUUGAUCUGCUGCAUGCUACAACAAUUAAUCCAGCACUUAAGUUUGUGUUGCAACGAGUAAGUAACCCUGAUUCUAUUAACAAAGUAUUGUCUUGUAAAUGCUUUUGGGAAGUCUUAUUCAAAUAGUUAGGCAGACUUAGGUAUGCGAUCCUAGUUUUGGUUUUAGUUAUCGUUCUCAUGUUUGGGUUGAAACAAUUUUUGUUUCCGAGUUUCAAAUUACUACUAUCCUACUGCCCUACCUAUGCCCCAAAUGUCUUAUGUAAAUGAAAUAAUUUUCCGUUGGCGGGCUUUCAUCGCCAUUUAGGGUUUUGAUGCCAAAAAAUGGACCAACUCCGUUGGUGAAAACACUAGAUUAUUCAUUCCAAUUCAAAUGAGGUCAUGAAAGA